CAGCUUGAAGUGAGCGAGCAGAAGACUUUGCAGUUGCGCACGCAACGACUCAGUGUGUGCACUUGCGUUCCUUGCAUAAAAAGAGAGAGAGAGAGAGAGUGAGUCUGAUAGAGGCAAAACACAUCAUCGUAGAAACCACAACGACAUCGUCGUCGUCGUCGUCGUCGUCGGCCAAAAAAACAUUGGUCAAGAGUAGCGUACCGGCCACACUCGAGCAAGAGGAUGAUCUCAUUCUCGAUAUUCUCACGGGUAGCACGAGCCUUGGUAAUGGACAAGGCUGGACCAGAACUGCUACUGGCACUGGCACUGCAGUUGAUAAAGUCCAGGUCUACUGUAACGAAUGCAAGAGCUUUGUGGCUUCUGCUGCUGCACAGGAGAGCCCCAUUCCCAAGCCCAUUAUCCCACCCCACAUAAAGACCGAUUGAAACGCACCAAACAGUUAAAAAACAAAACAAAAAAGGACAAACAGAGCUGUAGCAUCUAUCACGUUGUUCUUUGUUUUCUCUUUCGUUUGCUCGUAGUUAGUGUUGUUGUUGUGUGGCCAUUAAUAAAAAUAAACGAGAAAGUCGACGCGCAUUGCUCUAAGCGAAAACAAACGAAAAAACAAUCCCGUACGUGCAGCCGGUAUCCCACGACGCUGAACGUCACGGAGCAGAGCUUCACGACGAGCUCGAUGACCGAGCAGCAGCUGAGCUGCGGUUCGCCGGGCCAAAGCUGCGACGACGUCGUGCUGGACUGCGGCAAACCGGUCAACUUCACGUACUACGACAAUUUGCUCGGGGUGGCCAAUCGGAAUAAGCACCCGCUUGUGCCCGAGCCCGGGGUCGUGCUCAUGUUCAAAAAGUCCGAGGAAAAGGUCACAGACUUCGACAUUGACUUGCUUGAGCGACGGCUCAAGAGGGCCAAGAGAGAGAAGCCAAAGUCGGUACAGCUUUACAAUCAAAUCGGCAAUUUUUGGCGUAUAAAGGGCAACGCGCAGAGAUCGAUCGAGUGCUUCCGCCGAGCGCUGGCAGUGUCGCCGCACAAUGCCGAGGUAUUGCUGAAUCUCGCGCGCGUGCUCCUUGUACUCGAGUAUCUCGACGACGCAUCUUACCUGGCAAGGCGAUCUCUCGAGUUACAACCACCCGAUCGUAACGCGUGGGAACAAUAUCUCACGCUUGGACAGAUUUUCAAGGCGUACGGGCACUUCCAAGAGGCGGCGGUUCACCUGCGACACGCGCUGGAGUUGAAGCCUGACCUGGUCGACGCGGCGAAGGCUCUCAAAGAGGUGGAGUCGCUUCCAGUGGCCAGCAUACACGUGUACACGCUACUCAUCAUCGUGUGUCUGGUCCUUGGUGUGCUGCUAGUGGUGCUAAGCAGCGUCGAGUGUGAAGAGGACUCGACAAUGAGUACAGAGCAGCCGCAACGCACAUCGGGUCAACGUCAUUUCAAUCGAGCGAUGGCAAUGCGUAGCCUCCGAUUAAAUGUUUCGCGUGGUAAGCGCUGAUGAUGCGUUUGCUGCUGCAACCAUUGCUUUCUUCUCUUUAUAUUUCUCUCUCUCUCUCCCUCUACGGAAUUUUUCUCUUCGAAAAACCCAACUGUCUGUCUCUGUCCAUCUCGUCUCUUCUUGUGAUAGCAAAAGAUAAAAAAAAAUCCAAUAAGAAAACAAAGCAAGAAACCGCAAUGAUUUUUCGCGCAAAUCAUCUCUUUUUCUCUUUCGUUUUUGUACUUAAUUGUAUAACGUCUAAGGACAAUUAUAAAUACAUGUGCUCACACAUUCGAAAAGGAAUAUAGAUCGAGCGUGAGUGGUAUUUGAGUCAAUUGUCAAAGAGUAGUGAGAAUAUUAAGCGGCUAAAUUUGAUAAAAAAAGAAUAAGCGAUGGAUGCCAUCGCGGAGCAAUAAGUUUUAUUGGCUCGAUGUUUUUUUAUUGCGCGCGCGCCCGUAUGCGCUCCUCUAUUGAGUGCAUAGCUCUCAUUUGAAUCUCGUGGAUAUUUGUAAUGACGACUGGAUACACUUGAAUUUUGUUAAAUAAAAACUAUUGAU